AUGAACACGCCGCGCGCACCUGAAGAAGAAUCCGAAAAAGCAGCAGAAAGAAGAAAAGCAGAGUUGCCGAUUUGGGGGCCCGUCGGUGCGGCCAUGGCGGGCGCAGUUGGCUACUUCCUUCACGGCGUCGCGAGUGGAGACCCUCUGGCAAACGCCAUCGUUCUCUGGACCCGCUUCACGCCCGCCAAGAAGGCGCCGAAGAAGGCCUUCCUGGUGCGAUGGCUCCUCUGGAUCCAAGAGCCGAAUCGCAAAGAGCGAAAGCGCGAGCUCACGGGAAAGGCAACUGCGGCUGAGGAGUUUGACUUCACUGUGAAGGUGGACGUUUCCGGACUGCAGCCAGGAACUCGUUACGCAUAUCGUUUCGAGUGCGGGCAAGCCAAAUCACCAGAGGGCGAGUUCCGGCUGCCGCUGCCUGCCACGGAGCCGAUGGCAACGCUGAGCUACGCCGUCUUCUCCUGCGCCAACAGGGGCUUCGGCAACUUCCGCGCGUAUGCCGCUGCAGUGGAGCGCAGCAGAGAGCUUUCGGCACCCUUAGACUUCUGGCUGCACUUGGGAGACUACAUCUACGAGUACGGAGACACGCGCUACCCGGCGCCCUCGGAGACGGUCGUCCCAGGACUGAAGCCGAGCGAAGAGCUGGUGCACUUGCAGCAGUACCGGCAGCGCCACGCGCACUACCGUCUCGAUCCAGAGCUGCAGCGUUUGUCAGCAAGCGCCCCGAUGAUCAGCAUCUGGGACGACCACGAGGUCGCCAAUGACGACUUCAAAGACGGCGCUGAGAACCACCACAGCGAGACGCAGGGGGCCUUUGAGGCACGGAAGCUCGCGGCCCUUCGCGCUUACCAUGAAUGGUUGCCGACGCGUGUGGAAUUCGACCUUACGAAUAUGUCGGCUGCGCCAUGGCUGCGCUGGCGGCGCUUCGACUUUGGGAGCCUGGCGAUGCUGCUGAUGCUGGAGACGAGGCUGCUGGCCAGGACCAGCCAGGCGGCCACGGAGCAGAGCGUUCGGGCAGAGAUCGCCGCAGUGCUCAACGGGGCCUGGGCCCUCUCCCCGAGCGCCUGGCCAGGUCGGAUCGAGAAGAAGAUGCGGAAAGUCCAGUCAGCGGUGGAGGCAAAGCGUUUGGAUCCCAGGAAGCGGAUGCUGGGAGACACCCAGCUGGCGUGGAUCGCCGCGCAGGCCAAGGCCGAGGGCCGGCCGGGGAGGUGGCUCCUCGUCGGCCAGCCGCAGGUGGUGCAGGAGCUGAUGAGCCCCAACUUCCAGGACCUUCCGAGAGGCACCAGCCCUCACUGGGCAGACAUCGUCCGGAACCUCACAAAGCGCGGUGCUCUGUAUCGGAACUACACUACAGGAGACGAGGGAGAGGCCGACUUCGUGUUUUCGGAGCUGCGCAAUGCCUUCUUGGUGGACCUGGCAGCUGGCCGAUUUCGAAUCCAGCUGAACUUCGACAGCUGGACGGGCUACGUGGCUGAGCGACGGCUCUUUUUGCAGUCCCUCCGUGGCCCGACCCCGGCCAUCGUCUACGGUGGGGACUCGCAUAAUGCUUGGGCAGGCAUCCUUCGGGCCGACAACAAAACCGUGGCCGUGGAGUUCGACGGCAUGUCCGUCACGAGCCCCGGCCUGGAGUCCCGGCGUCCUUUUCUGCCUCCUGGCCUUGAAGCAGCUGCUUGGCAAGCAGCCAAUCCCGACCUUGCGUGGGCGGACACGUCCUGGCGUGGCUUUAUGCUCGUGCAGCUCGGUCUGGACAACCACCGCCUCGAGUACAUGGCCGUGGAUGCUUCGACUCCAAGCAGAGGCACCAGUGAGGGCACCAGCUGCCUCGCUGGCUUUGACGUCGGGCGCGACCUGCAGCUCUCGGGCCCGAAAUCCUGCAGGACGGCGUCAUGGUCCGCAGCCGCUUUUGGGGGCAUAGAGCCGUCCAUGCCGUCCUGGCGCUUGCUGUCUUGGCCUUGGCCUUGGGUGCCUCUCGCGCUGCUCGCGUCGCUGACGGCGCUGGUGGGCUUCCUCCUGGGCCGGCGCUCGAGCUCGGGCUCCUCGAGCUCCCGGCUCUUUGGGUCCAGACCAGGCGGCUACAAGCGGCCCUCGGAGGAGGCGGAGGCAGAUGGGCUUCAAGCGUCUGUGGUUCUCUUCAGCGUUUUUUCCAUCUCGGUGCCUCCCUGCUCGAGACCCUUUACGGAGCCGCUCUCGCUUCCUCUCCGGCCUCUCAAGGAGACCCGGCGCUGGGCCUCUUCGCGCUGGGCGGAAGCUGCUCCGAGGAGCGCAGGCAGCGCAGGGCAACAGGAGCGGCAGGAGUCCGCCCGUCGUCUGCUAGAAGACAUCGUUGGCGUGGUGAGCUCGGCAGGUAUCGAGGCGGGUGCCGUGCGUGGCCUCCAAGCCUUGCGGGCGACGCUGCUCACAGCUGUGGAGGCCGCCCAGAGCGACGAGCUGCGGGAGGCGCUGCAGGCCUUGCAAGGCCUCUCCCGUGGAGAGCCCGUGGAAGACGCUCCCUUGGCGCGGCUCCUGCGACGGCUCUUCCAGAGGCUGGGGAGCACUUACGUGAAGCUCGGGCAGUUCAUCGCGCCGGCGGCUUCUGCGGGAAGGCGCUGCCGGUGCCGCAAGACGCUCGCGCUGAGGUCCUCUCCCACGCUCUUUCCGGCGGCUUAUGUGCGGGAGUUCCAGUGUCUCGGCUCGGGGUGUGAGCGCCUAGAAGCCAUGCUCGAAGAAAGGGCAGGCACCCCUAUAGUUAUAAGAGUUGUCACACAGCAAACUGGCGGUGACGGUUUAGAACACUCCGAACUUGCGUGA